GGUAGGAGGAGAUUGUGCGCCGUUGUCUUCCGCGUUUCCCCGGAUUUCAACCACUGUCCUGAUUCCAUCGUGUCCUCUCCUUGCACGUUUUUACGCUCAGCCCACCCUCCCAAUUCAGUUAGUUGAAAAGAAAAAAAUUAAAUCAAUUAUACGGGACUCGCCGUCCCCCCCUCCGCCGUCACCUCUCCUUUUUCUCCCCCCCCUUUGCAAAUAACCACCACCGCCUUCGUUCUCCACAUGCAGCAUCGGAGUCCUGGGCCCCGGCGUACCGGCUCCAGCCAUGUCGGCGAGGAAUACAGCGGCUGGCGGCGGUGACGGAGCGACGGGGGAAAAGACGGGAGAUGCAUUAGAGGAAGAACCCCAGGGCCUUUCUGUCUCUCUGUCUGGUUUGAUGACCCCCACCUCAGCCACCGGCAUGGCUUCAGGCAUGGAGCUGCCCAGGAAACGGAAAGGCAGCAUGGACAUCCCAGAAGCAAAAUCUGCAUCAAAUCUAGACGAGGAUAUGGAGGACGAUCAGGGAAGAUCAGAAGGAGAUGACCAGCACUUAAAAAUUAAGUGCAUCAGGGAACCUCACAGUCAGAUCGAGAAACGACGGCGAGAUAAGAUGAAUAACUUGAUUGACGAGUUGGCAGCGAUGAUUCCCACCUGUAACCCCAUGUCCCGCAAGCUUGACAAACUCACUGUGUUACGAAUGGCUGUCCAGCACCUCAAAUCACUCAAAGGAGCGACCAACUCCUUUGCAGAAGCCAAUUACAAACCUGCAUUCCUCCCAGAUGAUGAGCUCAAGCACCUUGUCCUAAGGGCUGCGGAUGGAUUUCUCUUCGUGGUUGGCUGUGAUCGUGGAAAAAUUGUCUUCGUCUCAGAAUCUGUUUCAAAAAUCCUGAACUACAGUCGGACGGAGUUAAUUGGACAGAGCCUGUUUGACUAUGUUCAUCCAAAGGACAUUGGAAAAGUGAAGGAACAGCUUUCUGCCUCUGAACUCUACCCACGGGAGCGCCUCAUAGAUGCCAAAACGGGGUUGCAGGUGCAGGCUGAGCUCCCACUCGGAUCGGCUCGUCUUUGCUCUGGAGCCCGGCGCUCAUUCUUCUGCCGAAUGAAGUACAACAAAGUUACCAUCAAAGAGGAGAAGGACUUCCAGGCGGGUGCCUCAAAAAAGAAAGAGUCCCAGCGGUACUGCACCGUGCACUGCACGGGCUACAUGCGCAUCUGGCCCACGCGCCAGCUGGGCACGGAGGGGGAGGCUGAGGUGGACAAAGAGAGCUCCCACUUCAGCUGCCUGGUAGCAGUGGGCCGUGUGCACCCCCACACCCUCCCGCAGGCCAACGGAGAGAUCAAGGUCAAGCCCACUGAAUUUGUCACCCGCUACGCCAUGGAUGGCAAAUUCACCUUCGUGGAUCAACGAGCCACCACUAUUCUGGGUUAUUUACCCCAGGAACUGCUAGGCACAUCCUGCUAUGAAUACUUCCACCUGGACGACCUGCCUCAUUUGGCGGAUAGACACAGAAAAGUGCUGAGGAGUAAAGAGAAGAUUGAGACAAAUUGCUAUAAGUUCAAAACGAAAUAUGGCUCUUUCGUCACCUUGCAAAGUCAGUGGUUUAGUUUUAUAAAUCCCUGGACCAAAGAAGUAGAAUACAUAGUGUCAACCAACACAGUAAUAUCCGGUAAAAGUAAUCCAGGUGGAUCAGGAGAUAAAGCCGAGCAGCCUAGCAGUUCCAAGGCCUUGGAGGAUGAUGCCAAGAAGUCUCAACAAGUUCCAAUCAUCCCAGGGAUCUCCAGUGCAUCUGGCAUGAUUUACGCUGGCUGCAUAGGGACUCAAAUCGCUAACGAGAUAAUGGACUAUAAUAGGAUGAACUCCUCACCAUCCAGCGGCAAUACAAGUCCAUUCAGUGUACUGCAGGACAAGUCUCCACUGGCCCUUGCGCAGGCCAGCAGCAACGUGCCAAAUGGGGAAGCAACAGACGUGGAGAUGCCUGGCAAAUCAAGCUCAGAGGAGGAAGCGCGGGGUGGGGCCUUCACAGCGGCUGAAAAUCUCAUGGAGGGGAGCUCUCAGUUGGAUCUUGAGGGGGUUCCUGGGUUGGGCGCUCUGAGCACUGACGAGGCAGCCAUGGCAGUCAUUAUGAGCUUACUGGAGACGGAUGCCAACCUGGGUGAGGCCGUGGACUUUGACGAGAUGCACUGGUCUCUGUGAACACUCGGCUCCAUUUUUUUUUUUUUUUUUUUUUUUUUUUUUUAAAAGACCCAUCUUAUCUGGAGCUUUUUAAAAUGAACCAUCCAUUAAUUUUCACUGGGCAGCAAGCCUUCGAACAAUUCUUUGUUUUUAAUUUAUUAGUGUUUUUUAAUGCGUCUGGACAAGCUGCAUGGCAGGUUAUCUGAUGGCUCCCUUUGGUGAAGGAGAACCAAAGGACAUGGGGGUCUAUGGGUACCUUAAAGCUGAGUACCUUAAGCAACAGGACCAAGUUUUAUGUGGUCUGGUGUGCAUUUCUUCAUCUCAGCUCUGAGGUCACCGCUACCCCUCGGCAUGGAUCAGAACGGAGAGACGUUCUUGGCCUGUUUUGCCAUGUUGAGAAACACAUGCUUCAGGCAAGCCAUAAGGCAAGAACUCAAAUGGUCCACUGUGAUCCAGUGGUGUAAGGAUUUCAAAACUGUUUCCUUAGUCAAUCAACACUUGAACUGUACAUGGAUGCUUUGAGGUAAAGCUGGACAGAUUUUUUAUAUAUAUAUAUAUAUAUAUAAACGUCAUGGGAUUCCUUUGCCAAGGGAAACCUGGUAGUUAUUUUACCCUUUUAGAGCAGAAAUCAUCUUGAAUUCAAUGUUUCAUGAUGAACGAGUGGAACAAUGGGGAGGGGUAUUGGUGAGCACUUGUGGUUGUUUGUCGAACAGAACUACUUGAAAAGACUGUGUGGAAAAAUUGGAAAUUUGAGGUUCACCGUUAGGCCUGUCAUUUGUGUUUAUUUCCUCUCUAAUCUACAAAUCUGUGUGUGAAUGUGCGCUUUUCUGUCAGACCUAAGUCUGGCCUGCCAGGGCUACUCUACUCUUGAAAUAGGACCGUCACUACAAUUCACAGGGCCUGGGACAACAUUUUUACUGAUGGGCCCAAUGAGUAAGCUGUAUUAUAGAAGACCUGGGAAAAAGUUCCCAGCUGUCUCCCCUUCAGGUGUAUAAUUAUUAGAUCUUCUGUUCUGAAUGAAUGCCUGGAUGGAGAUCAGUAUCCGGCAAAAUGAUGAUCGGAAACUCUGGACAAAGUUGUCCGCAAAUAAGGGCAGGGUCUCUCAGGGAACAAUUCAUGGAAUCCCCUUCUCAAAAUCCUUUGUCGGAUCAGCCAAGUACCACUUUUUAGACACUUGUGUUAUGAUGGUGUUGAAGACUUAAACAUUGUUCAGGGCUUCAUCCUUUCAUUAGGUCUUCUUGUUCAGUUAUGUGCAAAGAUGUAUAAUAUGCUUAUGUGAUCAGAACUUAGUAGGUGAUUGUUGUUUAAACUUUGUAUUUUAGAAUUAAAUCCCAUUAAUUUUAAUGGGAUUUAAAAAAAAUUAAUGUCUACUCAACUUCAAAAUACUAACAAUCACAUUUGUAUAGCGUAAAACUCAACAAUGGAGAGAUGGUUGCUCAUUCUUCCUGCUUCAAGCUGAGUUUUAAUACAAAUCCAACCAUAAAGUUAUGAUGGUAACCCACUUUUAAAGGUAUAAUUCACCCUAAAAUGAACAAUUUAUAAUCAUUUACUCACCCUCAUGUCUUUCCAAACCUGUGAGACUUUCUUUUAUGCAACACAAAUGGAGAUGUUUAGAAGAAUGUUCACGCCAAUUACCAAUUUCAUAUAAUGAAAGUCAGUUGUGACCAGAGGCUGUCAAGCUUAAAGGAUUAAUCCACUUUUAAAUACACUU